GUAGCUUUAUAUAGCUAUAGAAAUGGCUUGUUGGAUCCGUGGAUGCACCACCAAAGGAGGGAAAAAAGAUACGUCCAGAAAAAAAAGCCUUUUCACAGCGCGCACGGAGCAAAUGUUCAAGAACUGGUGUGACAGCGAGAUUGCUGAAAGAGGCAUCAACGAAUUCAGCAAAAAAAGUCGCAUAUGUGAGUUGCAUUUUGAGAACAUGGACAUUCUUCGAGAAGAUAUUUUUCAUAUGGCAGAUGGUGCAACUAUUACGGUGCAACGUAAGGUACCGAAAUUGAAAGAAGAUGCUGUACCAUCUAUUUUUCCAUCCAGUACAUAUCGUUUGAAUCCUAUUUACGAGGAGAACCGGAAAGAACUGCAGAAUGAAGGAACGACCCAGUUAGAGAGUACAAUUAAUCAUUCCGUUUCCGUGCUACCUACAUGUGAAUCAGAUGUCAAUCCUAUUUACCACGAGGAAGACUGUUCAGCAAAUAAAGAUGCGCUUGAUAACCGUUACGAGUUGCAAACGUGGGCUGCAAUGAAGAGGAACCUGCACAAUCUUACUCUUACAUAAGAGUACU